UCAUUUUUAAUGAUUUAUUUAUUCUCCCCACUCCUGUCUGAUGUCAGAGCCCGGCUACUGCUGCCCAUUUUUUUGAGGACAGCUCCACUUCACUACGUCGCUGUAAUGUCAAAAGCCAGUCACAGGCAGAAGAUGUUGUGGAGAGCGUUAGGCAAACUGUUUAAUGAAUAAUCCUCAUGUUUACCCUUGAGAACUUUACGGAGGAGGUUUUGAUCUGACUCUUGCACAAGGAUCUCUGUAGAAUGCCUGUGGGAACCCUUCAGAUAGAAAAGGAUCUGUAGAAGGUGUCUCCUGAACAAUAGCAUUCGAGAGUGGAACUUACAAUCUUGUUAGUCACAGAAGGUCUACAGUUGAUUACCCAAGAUGGCAGACCAGCUUGGACCCUCAUUCAAACGAUGGCAUCUCCAACACUGUUGCACUGGAGGAUUCGUACAGAUUUCAUGCCCUGGCUUCUCGAACAGGACUUGAACACUUGACCUUUCGACGUAGGGAGCUGCCCAGCGAUCGCGUGGUAAGUUUGGAUGAAGCAGUGGAUGAGGUCUGAGGUGAAGAUGUUGGGACACAGUCAGUUUCCACCUUCAGAAGGCUUUUGCCUCCCUGACUCCUCGUUCUUUGACGUCAUGGCCGAACAGCCCAGCCUCUCCCUGCAGGACUCAGAUGUCUCUGCCUACACACAGUACCCCAACACGCCAUUGCCAUCGAUACAGCAGUGUGGGCCAGUCCCUCCUUACUACUCCAGCGGUGGCUACUACACCCAGUACUCUGAUGACUGGUAUUCCUCACCUAUGUAUGACGUGAAGAUGUUGCCUUGCGACAGGACCUUCCCCAGAGACUCGGAAGAGUGCGACGUCCCCCUUGCUAAGAAGUCACGGCUGGGUUCUGUCUCUGGGAAGAUGAAAGGCGAUGAGCUCUGUGUCGUGUGUGGAGACAAGGCGUCCGGAUAUCACUACAACGCACUCACCUGUGAAGGGUGUAAAGGGUUCUUCCGGCGCAGCGUCACGAAGAAUGCGGUGUACAAGUGCAAGAACGGAGGCAACUGCGAGAUGGACAUGUACAUGAGGAGGAAGUGUCAGGAGUGUCGCCUCAGGAAAUGCAAGGAAGUGGGGAUGUUGGCCGAGUGUCUGUUGACGGAAAUUCAGUGCAAGUCAAAGCGACUGCGGAAAUGUCCCUCACUGCCCCCCGAGCCACUGGGGAGAGAGAGCGUGGACGGGCUGGAUUCCAAGCAAGUGACGUCCACCACCAAGCACACCAAACAGAAAAUAGAAUUCACCCCAAAGCAACAAGAUCUCCUGAGGCACAUCCUCGAUGCCUUCACCAAGUAUCGUGUCCCUCAAGAGCUGACCAAGAAGCUGCUGCAGCAGCGAUGCAGUCCCGAGGAAAACUUCCUGCUCCUCACUGAAACAGCGACCAGUCAUGUCCAACUGCUGGUGGAAUUCACCAAGAAACUGCCAGGCUUCCAGAUGUUGGACCACGAGGAUCAAAUUGCCUUGCUAAAAGGUUCAGCAGUGGAAGCCAUGUUUCUUCGCUCUGCCCAGAUAUUCAGCAGGAAGAUCCCAUGUCAACAAAGUGAGCUGCUGGAAGAUCGAAUCCGACACAGUGGCAUCGCUGAGGAAUAUAUCACACCCAUGUUUAACUUCUACCGGAGCAUUGGGGAGCUGAAGAUGACACAGGAGGAAUAUAGUCUUCUCACUGCCAUCACCAUUCUCUCCCCAGAUCGGUUGUACGUGAAGGAUCGGGAUGCUAUCGACAGGCUUCAGGAGCCGCUGCUGGACAUCCUGCAGAAAUACUGCAAGCUCAACCACCCGGGAGACCCCCAGCACUUCGCCCGCCUGCUGGGGAGGCUCACUGAGCUUAGGACCUUCAACCACCACCACGCCGACAUGCUGAUGUCCUGGAGGAGCAACGACCAGAAGUUCACCCCACUACUCUGUGAGAUCUGGGACGUGCAGUGAGGUCCACCCCUGCAGGGACACUGAACAAAUCACUGGCCCAUCUCAACCGAGACCUGAGAGCUUGUCUCCAUCGGAAAGACCACUCAUUGCCACCAGGGAUGGGGCUCCAGAGCACUAUAUCGUUAACACACACCCACCUACUGUGAGGCCCAUCCAGGUUCUAUAAGUUUCAGCCAAUUAUCUAUUUAAAUAAACCUUCAUGGCCUUAAUGCAUCGAUA